AGGCUUUAGAUACAUUUAUAAAACAUGUUAAUUAUCACUGCUAAAGAUUAUUUUUUAAGCAGUGAGUAUAGUCUUUAUAGAAAUCUCAUUCAUCUCAUCACAUUUUUUUAGAAAUAAAUCUUAGUGUUCUUUAGAAUAUAUUGAGUUCAAUUGAAUGCAUAGCAGAUAAAGUAUAUUCUUUUGCACCCUUAUUAUUUGUAAUGAAAGAGAGAUUAUGAGCCCGUUUUGAGUUGAAUUAAAAGUCAGUCAAACCUACUUUUGAGUCAGUCUUGGACUUUUGAAAGUGAUUGACAAAUAUAAAAAGCAACUUAAACUAAGUAGAAAAUGACUUAAAAUAAGUAACGAAGUGUUUGACCAGGUAAAAAAUAACUUAAAAUAUGUCAGAUACCAAGAGUAGAUCUCCUCCUACUUUUUAUUUUUCGACUUAAAAAUCAUUUCAGUUUGAUCUUUUAUUUUGACUUAAAAAUAACUUUUUUUAAGUCAAUUCAAACGGGAUCUAUAUAUAAGAGUAGCAUUAUCUGAAGAAGAAUAAAAAAAAAACAAGAAUGGCAAAAAGCAACCAAAAACCUCAUGCAAUAGUAAUUCCAUGCCCAUUUCAAGGCCACAUAAACCCUAGUAUUCACCUUUCACUAAAACUUGCAACAAAAGGCUUUACCAUAACAUUUAUCAACACAAAGUAUAGCCAUGCCCAAAUAACCAAAUCACAAAAAUUAGACCAAACUCAUAACAUAUUUGCAAAAUUUCAAGAACUUGGCCUUGACAUACAUUAUCAAACAGUUUGUGAUGGUUUUCCCUUAGAAUUCGAUCGAUUUUCGGGGUCGAAUACCGAGAAGUUUUGGGAAGGAUUCUUACUAAAUUACCCUUUUCAUGUUGAUGAAAUUGUUGGGAAGUUAGUAGAAUUGGAUAGUCCAAGGCCAACUUGUUUGAUUGUUGACACUUUCUAUGGUUGGGGGACAACAAUUGCUAAUAAGUAUGGACUUGUUGGUGUUUCAUUUUUCACUCAACCUGCCUUGGUGUUUACUAUAGACUAUCAUCUUGACCUUUUGCUCAAGAAUGGUCAUUUUGGCUCAAUUGAUAAUAGAAAGGAUACCAUAUAUUAUAUACCAGGAAUUUCAGCAAUUGAUCCAAGUGAUUUACCUUCAUAUUUACAAACAAAAGAGACAUCAACUAUUCUUCAUCAAAUUAUCUACAAAGGUUUUGAAGAAGCCAAGAAAUCAGACAUUAUAAUUUGUAACACAAUACAAGAACUUGAAUCCAAAGUAAUUUCAAUAUUCCAAGAAAAAACAAAAAAACCCUUUUUUGCUAUUGGUCCAAUUUUUCAUGAUCAUCAAGUCAACUCAUCAAAAAAUGUCAAAUUUUCCAAUAGUUUUUUGCCAGAGUCAAAUUGUUUGGAAUGGCUAAACACUAAACCUAAAUCCUCAGUAUUAUAUUUUUCACUUGGUAGCUUGUGUAGUCCAAGCAAAGAAGAUGUUAUGGAAUUUGCUCAAGGAAUAUUGCUUAGCAAAGUGGAAUAUUUUAUUUGGGUACUUAGACCUAAUUUGGCGGUUACGGGCGAAACGGAUAAUUAUUUACCAGCUGAAUUUCGAGAAAACGUAGAUCGAGGGUUGAUCGUACCGUGGUGCGAUCAACGAACAAUACUGUCGCAUCCGGCGAUCGAAGGGUUUUUGACGCACUGUGGAUGGAACUCAAUUCUGGAGAGCUUAUGGGCAAGUGUACCAAUGAUAUGUCAUCCUAUAAGUGUUGAUCAACAAACUAAUAGAAAGUUGGUGGUUGAUGAUUGGAAAGUUGGGAUUAAUCUUUGUGAUAAUUAUGAUAUUAAUAAUAAAUUAAUUAUUACAAAGGAGGAAAUAGCAAAAAAGAUUAAUUUUCUUAUGAGUGAAGAAAAUUCAAAAGAUUUGAGGAAGGUUAUAAAGGAAGUGAAGAAAACUAUGGAAAUUGCAUUAUUAGCCAAUGGAAGUUCAGAGAAAAACUUUGAUUUGUUUGUUGAGGAUGUAAUGGCUAAAACAAAAAUGGCUAUUUUUUAAAACUUAAUCUUAGAAUGUUUAGUUAAUAA